UUUAAAACAUAAUAUCUAAUAUUUAUAUAAAUAUCUAAUGAUUUGUUGAUUCCAUUAAAAAAAAAAAAAAAUGAGUAAUAAUCUAAGUAACACUUUCAACUAUGUCUAUAGUUGUUCUUUAGAGACAAAUGUUCAAAUAAAAAUUGGUACCCUUGAAGGUAUCAAACAUAAAAUCGAUUAUGAGAAAAUACUCAAUGAUCCCAUGAAGAAAUUUAGCGGUCUUUAUCAAAAACCAAUAUCUGAUCUCAUAGUUUAUUGCCAAGUGUACAGUGAUAACAAGCCGUUAAGUCUACCAGUAUUCACAUCCUACAAACAUUUCACCAAUCGAUGGAGUUGGAACGAAUGGGUCAUUCUACCGAUUCAAUUUAGCGAUCUUCCCAGAAAUGCACUUCUAACCUUGACCGUUUAUGACUGUGCUGGACCAAAUACAAUGACAGCUGUAGGUGGCACAUCUAUUUCACUAUUUGGAAAGCACGGUGUGUUUCGUCAAGGUAUGAUCGAUCUCAGAGUAUGGCCUGACAGAGAAGGGGAUGGCAAUAUAUCGGUUACACCGGGUAAAUGUUUAUCAGAUACUAACCGUAUGCAGUGUUUAGCAAAAUUAGCUAAACAACAUCGUAAUGGUAACAUGCCUGAAGUCGACUGGUUGGACAGAUUAACAUUUCGUGAGAUAGAGUUAAUCAAUGAAAAAGAAAAGAAAACUUCGAAUUAUCCUUAUCUAAUGAUAGAAUUUCCAGAAAUUGUGUCCAAUGGUGUUGUAUAUAGUGUUGUACAUUAUGAACAAGACGGUGAUGAAAUAUACCCAUUCAGAGUUAAUCCAGACAUAGUCACGGUGCCCGAUGCAGAAGUCAUGCAAGAAAAUCUAGUGGAAAGUAAACAUCAUAAACUGGCUAGAAGCUUGAGAAGUGGUAUUUCAGAUAAGGAUGCCAAACCGACUGCAACCGUUCGGGAUGUGCUAAAUACAAUUGUCGGUUAUCCCCCAACUAAAACAUUAACAACUGAAGAGCAAGAUCUUAUUUGGAAGUAUCGGUUUUAUUUGUGCAAUCAGAAAAAAGCACUUACGAAAUUUUUAGAAUGUGUUAAUUGGAAACUACACGGAGAAGCUAUGCAAGCAUUGGAUAUGAUGCAUCAAUGGGCUCCAAUGGACGUGGAUGAUUCAUUACGUUUGUUAAGUCCAGCCUUCAAACAUCUGUCAGUUAGAAAAUACGCUGUGGAACGGUUACAACAGGCUACCGACGAAGACUUACUUUUAUAUUUACUACAGUUGGUACAGGCACUCAAGUAUGAAAACUUUGAACACAUAUCGAACAGCUUAAAACUUAUGGAAGACAAAUAUCCAGUUACCGACAGUUUGACUGAGUCCGUGUCUGGCUUAAGUCUAAAAGAUAGUACAGAAAGCAAUACACAAUGUACUAUUAAUUAUUUUGAAAUGUGCAAGCCAGAAGACAUGGAUUUAGCACGUUUUCUUAUUCAUAGAGCUAGUAAGAAUUUCAGUUUGGCAAAUUACUUCUACUGGUAUUUGAUGAUUGAGUGCGAAGAUCAAGAUUUGACAAUCAAACAAGAUAUCCGAGUACGCAAUAUGUAUUUAAGCGUUAUGAAAACGUUUUUAAUGACAUUAUACAACGGUAGUAUGGAGUGUCAAAAAAUACAUGCAAAUUUGACCAGACAACAGAAUUUUAUUGAUCGACUGGUGAGAAUUGUCAAGACAGUAGCUAGAGAGAGUGGCAACAGAAAGAAAAAAAUCGAUAAACUCCAAGCACUACUGGCUGAAACAGAUACAAAAUUUAGUUUUAUUUCUUUUGAUCCUCUACCAUUGCCACUGGAUCCCAGUAUACUUAUCACGGGGAUAAUUCCAGAAAAAGCAGUACUCUUCAAAUCUGCUUUAAUGCCUUCCAGGCUUACGUUUAAAGUGCAAGACAAUAGGGAAUACGUUGCUAUUUUCAAGCAUGGAGAUGAUUUACGUCAAGAUCAACUUAUCCUACAGAUUAUUACUCUUAUGGAUAAACUGUUGAGAAGUGAAAAUUUAGAUUUAAAACUUACUCCGUACAGAGUGUUGGCGACAAGUGCCCGACACGGUUUUGUACAAUUUGUGAACUCGCUACCGGUUGCUGAAAUUUUGGCAACCGAAGGGUCAAUUCAAAAUUAUUUCCGAAAAAACCAUCCGAACGAAAAUGCUCCGUUCGGCAUAUCUGUCGACAUAAUGGAAAACUACAUUAAAAGUUGCGCUGGUUAUUGUGUAAUCACAUAUUUGCUUGGUGUUGGUGAUCGACAUUUCGAUAACUUAUUAUUGACUUCGACUGGAAAACUAUUUCAUAUAGAUUUUGGAUAUAUAUUAGGCCGAGAUCCUAAACCUCUACCACCUCCGAUGAAACUGAGUAAAGAAAUGGUAGAAGCAAUGGGCGGUGUAAACAGUGAAUAUUACCACGAGUUCAGGAAACUAUGCUACACCGCUUUUCUGCAUUUAAGACGUCAUGCUAAUCUCAUACUAAAUCUUUUUUCAUUAAUGGUAGACGCCAGUGUCCCGGAUAUUGCAUUGGAACCGGAUAAGACUGUUAAUAAAGUUCAAGACAAGUUUAGAUUGGAUUUAGGAGAUGAAGAAGCUGUUCACUAUUUCCAAAAUUUAUUAGACGUAUCAGUCACAGCUGUGAUGGCAGUACUUGUCGAACAGUUGCACAAAUUCGCUCAAUAUUGGCGGAAAUAAACAACUUCAAAUUAUUCAUUAUCUAUCAAUUGUUAAAAAAAAUCUUGUAUUGUAGAAUUUAUGUAUUUUAUUGUUAUUACAAAUAUUUUAUUUAUGUUUGAUAAUUGCCUUUUUUUAUCUUAUCUAUUGAAA